AUGGUCGCAGUUGAAGCAGUUGCUGUGGGUCUUAAUGCUGGUUACAAGGUAACGAAAAAUCAAAGGAAAAUGCGUCAAAGUAGACGUAAAGGACGUAUAACCAAAAGGAGUAAAAUUGUUCGUGAACUGAUUCGUGAAGUUGCUGGGUUUGCUCCUUACGAAAGACGAACAAUGGAAUUGCUGAGAAUUAGCAAAGACAAGAAGGCAUUAAAGUUUUUGAAGAGGCGUAUUGGUUCACAUGUUCGUGCAAAGAGAAAGCGUGACGAGAUUCAGGCAAUCCUUACAAAUCUUCGUAAACAUCAUAAGUGA